UGUCAGGUCCGGACGAUCAGAGAGUACAGUGGAAGAAAAGUAGGCAACUCUUGUGCCUUUUGGAGCAGCAUCUGGUCCUGCCUUCUUCAUAAGCAAAACUCUUUUGAGGAAAUGUCAGACCGAGCGGUGGAACUCACCAACAAGCCUUUCGCAGUCCAGUUGUCCAAUGUCUAUCUUAGCAUUUUGGCACUGUUCUGCUUCAAGCUCUUUGUUAAGAUUUCUCUCAACUUGCUGACAUACUUCUAUAUAGUCCGUGGGAACCGUAAAGAAGCUGCCCGGAUAUCAGCAGAGUUCUAUGACUACGGUCAACAACACAGAUCCUGGGCAGACCGCUCACCCCUCCACGACGCUGCCAGUCAGGGCCGCCUCCUCGCCCUGAGGACCCUCAUUUUACAGGGUCACAAUGUGAAUGUUCUGACUAUAGACCAUGUGACACCCCUUCAUGAGGCCUGCCUCGCAGACCAUGUUGCCUGUGCCAGGGCGCUCAUUGAUGCAGGAGCGAAUGUCAAUGCAUCUACAAUUGAUGGAGUCACCCCUCUGUUCAAUGCCUGUAUGGUGGGUAGUGUGGCUUGCACUGAAAUCCUUUUGGAAAAUGGAGCAAAACCCCAGAGCCUUGUAUACCAACCUUCACCGAUACAUGAAGCAACCAGCAAAGGUCAUUAUGGUUGUGUUGAGGCCCUGGUGACUUGGGGGGCCGAUGUGGACAUGGACAUUCCUCACCUGGGUACAGCUCUCUACACUGCCUGCAUCUGCCAAGAGCUGGAGUGUGCCAGGAAACUCCUGAAGGAAGGUGCAAACGUUCAGAAAGGCAAAUCCUUGGAUUCGCCUCUACACGCGGCAGCAGAAAAGGACUGCACAGCCGUGGUGAAGCUGCUGCUGGACUUUGGGGCUGAUAUUAACGCCAGAAACACAGAGUUUCAGAGGCCGGUAGACGUGGCUCCACCCAGCAGUCUGACAGAGGGCUUCCUGCUGCUCUACGAAGCUACGCCGCGCCUGCUGAGCCAGUUGUGUCGUCAGUGCAUCAGAAGCUGCGUUGGCCGCGACAGACUCCACCUUGUUUCUCACCUUCCUCUUCCCAACAGGCUCAAGAACUACCUGCAGUACCAAUGACCAGCAGAACCAAGACAUUGUGCCCCUAAAUGGACUCUAUGGAAUAUACCUUUAACUAAUCUAAACACAUCAGAACCGGUUUGGCCGUAAUGCUGUGGUCCCAACACACCAUAAGGGAUUAUUUCAACCAGACACAGAGCAGAAACUGAAUAAAGGGAAUACCCAACUGCACCAACCAACCAAAAGAUGCACUUCAGCUCAGAACUUUACAUCCAUCCAUCAUCAGAAUCAAUGUCAUAUAAAUGUGGGAGCAGCAAACUGUGUCCAAGUUGUGACC